AUGACAAUAAAAUCUCUUGUAGCUAAUGUUCCCUCGCUAACAAAGGCUUUAGUCUCUACUGUCCUGUGUUUGUCUAUUGCAUCCUAUAUUUACAUUUAUCGUUUACAAUUGGAUGCUGAUCCUGAUACAACACCAUUGUCUAUUAGUCCAUUCAUUGGACUCUUACCGGGAUUUGCCAUGUAUGCUCCUUGGACUUUCUUGACUGCCGCCUUCUAUGAAAGCAAUAUCGUUACUCUUUCCAUCAGCGUUGUGAUUUUGUUGUUUUGUGGCAAAUAUUUAGAGCGUGCUUGGGGUUCUAGAGAACUGUUAAAGUUCAUCCUGAUAACAGCUGUAUUGUCUAAUGUGGUUACGUGGUUUGGUAUUCUUUUGUCAUAUUAUAUAUCUGGAGACGACAAAUUUUUAUAUCAGGUGCAAAUCAAUGGCAUGUCUGGUGUAUUCUCUGCAUUUUUGGUAGCUUUCAAGCAUUUGAUUCCUGAGCAUCGCAUUGCUAUUAUGGGUGGCAAGGUGUCCAUUCGUGUCAAGAAUUUACUUGGUGUUGCUACAGCAAUCAGUAUCAUUUCGCUCAUCUUAUUUCAAGCUAUCGUAUUUUACAAUCUUGUCAACAUUGGAUGGGUGAUUGGAUGGGUUUAUAUUCGUUUUUUCAAGUAUCAGGAUGGCAUUCAAGGUGAUAGAAGUGAAACUUUUGCCAUUCAAACCUUCUUCCCUGAAUUUUUGCACCCUGUCAUUACAGUUAUCUCAAAUGUGGUUUAUGACACACUUGUCAAAUUGAAUUGCUGUAAACCUGGCCCACGCACAUACCAUGAUUUAGAAAUUGGCAAUAUCGCACCUGUCCCUGGAUCUGCCCGUGCAGAAGCUGAAAGAAGAAGAGCAUUAGCAUUGAAAGCAUUAGAUAUGCGCUUAUCCAAAGGACCGGCAUCCAACAGCGCAUUAGCCGAACCUGCAUUAGGAUCUAAACCAGACGCAGUGCUUUUUGAUGUAGAUGAGAAUACGCCAUCUUCCUCAGCAACAGCUGAUGAUCUUGAUUCAAAGAAAUAA